AUGAGUGACAGAGCAACAGAGGGCAAACACACUGUGAUGAGUGACAGAGCAACAGGGGGCAAACACACUGUGAUGAGUGACAGAGCAACAGAGGGCAAACACACUGUGAUGAGUGACAGACUGACAGAGGGCAAACACACUGUGAUGAGUGACAGAGCAACAGGGGGCAAACACACUGUGAUGAGUGACAGAGCGACAGAGGGCAAACACACUGUGAUGAGUGACAGAGCAACAGAGGGCAAACACACUGUGAUGAGUGACAGAGCAACAGAGGGCAAACACACUGUAAUGAGUGACAGAGCGACAGAGGGCAAACACACUGUGAUGAGUGACAGACUGACAGAGGGCAAACACACUGUGAUGAGUGACAGACUGACAGAGGGCAAACACACUGUGAUGAGUGAAAGAGCAACAGAGGGCAAACACACUGUGAUGAGUGACAGACUGACAGAGGGUAAACACACUGUGAUGAGUGACAGAGCGACAGAGGGAAAACACACUGUGAUGAGUGACAGACUGACAGAGGGCAAACACACUGUGAUGAGUGACAGUGCAACAGGGGGCAAACACACUGUGAUGAGUGACAGACUGACAGAGGGCAAACACACUGUGAUGAGUGACAGAGCGCGACAGAGGGCAAACACACUGUGA